CAGUGUGCUCACUUUCCCAGACCAAACAAACCUACAGCGAGGGGUGGAGAAACAAACCAGCGAUCAUGAAUGGCACGGAGGGACCGGACUUUUACAUCCCCAUGUCUAAUGAGACCGGCGUGGUGCGCAACCCAUACGAGUACCCACAAUACUACCUGGCAUCGCAAGGGGCGUUUUACUGUGUCGCCGCGUACAUGUUCUUCCUCAUCAUUACCUGCACCACCAUCAACGGCCUCACGCUGUAUGUGACCGUUGAAAACACGAAACUUCGAACCCCCCUGAACUACAUCCUUCUGAACUUAGCCGUGGCUGACCUCUUUAUGGUGUUUGGUGGAUUCACGACCACCUUCUACACCUCCUUACAUGGAUAUUUCGUUCUGGGACGUGCCGGCUGCAACAUGGAGGGCCUGUUCGCUACCCUCGGCGGUGAGAUCGCGCUCUGGUCUCUGGUUGUCUUGGCUGUUGAGAGAUGGGUGGUCGUCUGCAAGCCCUUCACCAAAUUUCGCUUCACGCAACUCCACGCCACCCUCGGUGUCGCCUUCUCUUGGACAAUGGCCUGUACGUGUGCCAUACCGCCUCUAAUCGGAUGGUCCCGCUACAUUCCCGAGGGCUUGCAGUGUUCGUGCGGAGUGGAUUAUUACACGUUGAAUCCUGAGACUGAUAACGAGUCUUUUGUUAUCUACAUGUUCGUCGUGCACUUCUCGAUCCCUCUCAUGGUCAUUUCUUUCUGCUACGGCCGUCUGCUCUGCACUGUCAAGGUAGCAGCCGCCCAGCAGCAGGAAUCCGAGACUACCCAGAGGGCCGAGAGAGAAGUUACCCGAAUGGUAAUCCUCAUGGUCAUCGCUUUCCUAAUAUGUUGGCUCCCCUACGCCAGCGUCGCCUGGUAUAUCUUCACCCACCAGGGGAGUCAGUUCAGCCCCAUUUUCAUGACCAUCCCAGCAUUCUUUGCCAAGAGCUCAGCGCUCUACAACCCGCUCAUUUACAUCUUCAUGAAUAAGCAGUUCCGUCACUCCGUGAUGUUAAUAUUGUUCUGUGGAAACGAUCCAUUCCACGACGAGGAGGAAGCAAGUUCCACCUCAAAGUCCAAGACAGAGACCUCAUCCGUCUCCUCCAGCUCUGCAUCUUCUGCCUGAGGGUCACGCUCAAGGUUAUUUGCGGAAUACACAAUUCAACUGCCUGCUACCUGUGGCAGCAACUUCCCUGUAAGGACAUAUGGAAAAUUCUGAAACGGCAGAU